UUCGGCCAGCACAAAUUCACGAAAUACUCUUUAUUCGAACGACACGGGGAUCUCUUGUUCAGUAGAUCACCAGCCUUACUCCGACGUUUAUUACGAAUUAUUCGGUGACUCGGUGACAACUACAUACGUUUCUUUUUGUGGAUAGCUUUAAUUUGAAAUAAAAAGAAAUAUUUGGUAUUUUUGAUAUAUUCUUGCGUUAAGGAAUAAGCGGGCGAGAAAGAAGUGAAAUUUUUUUUUUAUAAAAAAAUUGCAAUUUUUAUUAUUAAAUAAUUAAUAAAGAAAUUUAAACAUAAUGUCUUCAUCCCAAGCUGUACGCUCGUCAAAAUACUCCUACAGGGCCACUUCAACUGGACCCGGUGUGGCUGAUAUUAACAUCGAAUACUCAGCCGAUUUGAGCGCCCUCUCGCGCUUGGAGGACAAAAUCCGUUUGCUCCAAGAUGAUCUUGAAGUUGAACGUGAAUUGCGUCAAAGAAUUGAACGCGAGAAAGCUGAUCUUAGCGUUCAGGUCAUUCAAAUGUCCGAACGUCUUGAGGAAGCCGAAGGUGGUUGCGAAGUUCAAUUUGAAGCCAAUCGUAAGCGCGAUGCUGAAUUAAUGAAAUUGCGCAAAAUGCUUGAAGAUGUUCAUCUUGAAUCUGAAGAAACCGCCAUGCUUCUUAAGAAGAAGCACAACGAAAUUAUUACUGAUUUCCAAGAACAAGUUGAAAUCCUAACGAAAAAUAAGGCUAGAGCCGAAAAGGAGAAAGCCAAAUUCCAAGCUGAAGUUUACGAAUUGCUCAGCCAAGUCGAAUCAUACAAUAAGGAAAAAAUUGUUACCAGCAAACAUAUUGAAAAGUUGGAUAUAACAAUUUCUGAAUUGCAUGUUAAAAUCGAAGAAUUGAAUCGUACUGUUAUCGAUAUCACUUCACAUAAAACUCGCCUCUCACAAGAGAACAUUGAAUUGAUCAAGGACGUCCAAGAUCUCAAGUCUCAAUUGGACACUGUCUCAUAUUCCAAGAGUCAAGUUAUCUCCCAAUUGGAAGAUGCACGCCGUCGUUUGGAAGAUGAAGACCGUCGUCGUUCAAUGUUAGAAUCUUCACUUCAUCAAGUUGAAACCGAAUUGGAAUCGAUUCGUCUUCAACUCGAAGAAGAAUCUGAAGCACGUAUUGACUUGGAACGUCAGUUGGUCAAGGCCAAUGCUGAUGCUACUUCAUGGCAAAACAAAUACACAGCCGAAGCAGCAGCACGUGCUGAGGAAUGUGAAGAAAUUCGUCGCAAAUAUCAAGUGCGCAUCACCGAGCUCGAAGAACACAUUGAAACCCUCAUCGUUAAGGUUAACAAUUUGGAGAAACAAAAGACACGUUUGGCCAGCGAAGUUGAAGUACUUAUCAUCGAUUUAGAGAAAUCUAAUAAUACAUGCCGCGAAUUGACAAAAUCUGUUAACACAUUGGAGAAACAUAAUGUCGAAUUGAAGAGCCGUUUGGAAGAAACCAUCAUUUUGUUCGAGAACUCUCAACGCGAUUUGAAGAACAAGCAAGCCGAUUUGCAACGCACAAUUCAUGAAUUGGAAAAGGUUAAGGAUGCUAAUGGACAAUUGGCACGUGAGAACAAGAAAUUAGGAGAUGAUCUCCAUGAUGCUAAGGGCGCCAUUAACGAAAUGAACCGUCGCUUGCACGAAUUGGAACUUGAACUUCGUCGUCUUGAAAAUGAACGCGAUGAAUUGACUGCUGCCUACAAGGAAGCUGAAGCUGGUCGCAAGGCUGAGGAACAACGUGCUCAACGCUUGUCCGCUGACUUCAAUCAAUACCGUCACGAUGCUGAACGCCGCUUGGCUGAGAAAGAUGAAGAAAUUGAAGCUAUUCGCAAACAAACUGCCAUCGAAAUCGAACAAUUGAACGCUCGCGUCAUUGAAGCUGAAACUCGCUUGAAGACCGAAGUUCAACGCAUCAAGAAGAAGUUGCAAAUUCAAAUUACUGAAUUGGAAAUGUCCUUGGAUGUUGCCAAUAAGACUAACAUUGAUUUGCAGAAGGUCAUCAAGAAACAAUCAUUGCAAUUGACUGAACUCCAAGCUCACUACGAGGACAUCCAACGCCAAUUGCAGCAAACACUCGAUCAAUACGGUGUUGCUCAACGUCGUCUUGCCUCAUUGAACGGUGAAUUGGAGGAAGUGCGCUCACACUUGGAUAGUGCCAAUCGUGCUAAGCGUACCGUUGAAUUGCAAUACGAGGAAGCAACGACACGCAUCAAUGAAUUAAGCAUUUCCAAUGUUAAUUUGGUAUCCAUUAAAUCGAAAUUGGAACAAGAAUUGAGCGUUGUUGCCUCUGAUUACGAAGAAGUUACCAAGGAAUUGCGUAUCAGUGAUGAACGUUACCAGAAAGUGCAAGUUGAACUUAAACACACCAUUGAAUUGGUGCAUGAAGAACAAGAACGUAUUGUCAAGCUUGAAACUAUUAAGAAGUCUUUGGAAGUCGAAGUUAAGAACUUGUCUAUUCGUCUUGAAGAAGUUGAAUUGAACGCUGUUGCUGGCAGCAAGCGCAUCAUUAGCAAAUUGGAAGCCCGCAUUCGUGAUUUGGAACUUGAAUUGGAAGAAGAGAAGAGGAGACACGCUGAAACUAUCAAGAUCUUGAGAAAGAAGGAACGCACUGUUAAGGAAGUUAUGGUCCAAUGCGAAGAAGAUCAAAAGAAUAUUAUCUUAUUGCAAGAAGCUUUGGACAAAACCACUGCCAAGGUUAACUUGUUCAAACGUCAAUUGUCUGAACAGGAGGGCAUGUCUCAGCAAUCCGUCACCCGCGUACGCCGUUUCCAACGUGAACUUGAAGCUGCCGAAGAUCGUGCUGACUGUGCUGAAACUAACUUGAACAUGAUCCGCGCCAAGCACCGUACAUUCGUCACCACAUCCACUAUUCCUGGCUCUCAAGUCUACAUCCAGGAAACAACAAGGACGAUCACCGAAUAAAUAAUUUAAAAAAUAUUUAAAAAAAAAGAGAAUA